AUGCUGAUAGGAUCCGCCACCCUUGUUGUCAUCUGUGCGUGGCUCGUCGCCGUGCAAGGCACGACACAGCUGGCAAGGGGUCCACAUGACGUCUCCGCAUUCAGGUGCUUUGACUCUAAGCUCCCCAAUGUUACCAUCUUCGCCACGGGCGGUACCAUUGCGGGCACAGGGUCGUCUGGCAAAGACAUGUCCAAUUACCAGAUUGGGUCCCUCGGCGUACAACAUCUGAUCGAUGCGGUGCCCGAGCUGUGCAAUGUGGCCAAUGUGCGAGGCGUGGAGGUGUCGAACGUGGGGAGCCACAAUAUCAACUCGAAUAUGCUCGUCAGGAUGAGCCAGCAGAUCCAGCAAGAGCUUGACGAUCCGUACACCCAGGGGGCAGUCUUCACGCAUGGCACCGACACCUUGGAAGAGACGGCCUUCUUCAUGGACCUGACACUGCAAUCCAGGAAGCCCGUUGUUGCUGUCGGCGCUAUGCGCCCGGCCACGGCCAUCAGUGCGGAUGGUCCCAUGAACCUACUGACGGCUGUGAGUCUGGCUGCGAACCAUGAUGCGUGGGACAGGGGGGUCAUGCUGGCCAUGAAUGACCGUAUCGGCGCUGCUCGCUUCACCUCCAAGACCAACGCCAACAGAGUCGACGCCUUCAUGGCCGUCGAGCAGGGGUACCUUGGCGUCUUUGAAAACACCAAGCCAAUCUUCUUCUACCCGCCUGCCCGACCCCUCGGACACAGGCACUUUGACAUCAGCAGCCAACUCACGGCCAAGAAGAGCCUGCCCAAGGUUGAGAUUCUGUACGGCUACCAAGAGCUGGAACCUUCGCUUUUCAAAUCCGCCAUUGACCUGGGCGCCAAAGGCAUAGUGCUCGCUGGUGUUGGUGGCGGGUGGUGGCCAACAGCCGCCCGACGACAAGUCGAUGCCUGGGCCGAGGCGAGCGGUGUCAUCAUCAUGACGAGCUCAAGGUCACUGUCGGGGUACGUCGACGAUAGUAGCGGUGGAAUUGGGUGCGGGUUCCUCGACCCCCAGAGGUGCCGCGUGCAACUGCAACUAUGCCUCGAGGCUGGACUGUCGAGGCAUGAGAUUCGAAAAGUGUUUCAAUUUGGCGUUUGA